GUCACUGAUAUCCUUCGCAUCGCGCACCAUGGCGUCCUACUCCCGCGAUGAAGAAAAGAAACAAUCAAGUCUAUUCCGACAGCAGCAGUCAUGAAGCACAUCCAGAUCUCGCCCGACACGUCAGGCCCGCCUGUCAAGGACCAACCCUCCGUCCCCGCCUCUCUCCCCGACGCCAAGGAGACCAAGAUCCACCCCGCAAAUGCUCCCAACGCCGCGACAAACGCCUCGCUCUUCUUCGUCGGCACGGCCACCACGAUCCUCGAAUGGGAGGGCCUGCGAAUCCUCACAGAUCCAAACUUCCUGCACGCAGGCGACCACGUGCACCUCGGGCCCGGCGUCAACGCAACAAGACAGACGAACCCAGCCAUCGACCUGGAAGAGCUGCCGCGCAUCGACGCAAUCCUGCUCUCGCACUACCACGAAGACCACUUCGACCGUAAAGUCGAAGACAAGCUCUCCCGCUCAAUACCCAUCAUCACCACCCCGCAUGCAAAAGACCACCUGAGCAACAAGGGCGACGAGUCCUUUACCAACGUCCACGCCCUCGCCGUCUGGGACAGCCUGGUCCUCGACAUCGCCUCGCCGCGCGCCAAUGCGCAAACCCCCAGCGUCAAAAUCACCGGCACCCCAGGGAAACACAUCCCGCCCGGUCCGCUGUCCAUAGCCAACGACCUGCUCUCCGCCGUCCCGCCGACAAACGGCUGGAUGGUCGAGCUCGGCUACUCGGACCCCGCUUCCUCGUCGUCGUUCGAAAACGGUUACCGCAUCUACAUCUCGGGCGACACGCUCAUGGUCGACGAACUCAAGGAGAUCCCCGAGCGCUACAAGGAUCAGAACAUCGACCUGAUGCUGAUCCACCUAGGCGGCACGACGAUCCCAGGGCCCAAGAUGCCGCUGCUGAUGGUGACGAUGGACGCAAAGCAGGGCGUGCAGCUGAUGCAGCUGGUGAACCCGGACCUGACUAUCCCCAUCCACUACGAUGACUAUGAUGUGUUUUUGAGCCCGUUGGACGACUUCAAGAAGGCUGUGCAUGCGGCGGGGCUGGAUGGCAAGGUCGUGUAUCUCGAUCGGAAGGAUCAGUUUCGGUUCAAUGUCAAGCAGGAUGGGAAGGCGAAGCAGACGCUGCAAUAGUUCUGGACGAUUGUUAGUCUGCUGAUAACAAUAAAUACCCCAUCCAUCCAUCUAUCCAUCACAUGUAUUCCUCACCACACGCUCAACACAGAAUGACAGACAGACAAAAA